AUGACUGAUUCCAAAAACAUAAUACUCGUGUGCAAACACGUUUGCCACAUUCAUAAGCCGCAGGAGACUCCCCAAAUCAUAAUUGUUGGAAUUGAAGAGGAGGAAGCAGCUUUGAAAAAAAAAGCGAAUACUCGGAUUGUCAAGUCUUCUUCGAAAUCAAGUAACGCAUCUUCCACAUCAAAGAAAAAUAAGAGAGAGGUUAAAAAGAAGAAAGAUGGAAAGAAAGAAGAGAAGUGA